AUGGCCUUUAUUAUUGUUACAACAGAUACUAACCAAAUCUACUUACCAUGGGAUGUCUUCAUAACAAAUUCUAGUGAAUCAUUACCCUUACAAGUGAAUAGUAAAAGUUCAUUUACACUUCGAUUUGCUAUAUGGCCUUUUAUUGGUUUAAUAUCUCUGAUUAUAACAGUUUGGAUUCUUGUCUAUAUUUCAACAGUACUUUCACGUCGUCAUAGUGCUAAAAAUGGACAUCGUAAGUUUGCUUCAUUAUAUGUUUCACGAGGUAGUGCUAUUGCUGGAGGAAUAUUUGAGUAUCCUACUGUACCAUCACCAUUCGACGUAUGA